AUGGAUUUCCAACAGCAGCCAUACGGAGCUCUGGAUGAUGCUGUGUGUGGCGAGGAGGGCAGGAAAGGAGUUAUUGACAGAGUGAAUCUUUAUAUCGGCUCGCUGAAUUGGGAAGAGGUUCCCGAUCUAACGAACAUGUCUGAGAACGAUUCCGAGGAGGCCUUGGGAAAUUCGAAGGGAAAAGAGGCAAUUGUGAAGGUUUACAACGUGAAAGAUAUGGAGAAGGAUGCUAUGAAGUUACACGAGGUGGUUGAGGUGGUGGGAAUAUUGGAUGGUUGUAUGGUAAAGGAGGCCUCUUAUAGGGAGGGGAGGAGUGGUCUGGAUACUAUCACUGAGGAAGGGAAUGAGUUUGAGAGUAACGACUUGAAGCAAGAGAGGAUGUAUCGAAUUCAAGCUUUAGGAUUCCGUUCGGCCAGCGGUUGGAACCCUGCGAUGCCCUUAAAUGAUGCUAUGCAUAAGGAGUUGGUAACAGAAAGAGUUCGAGGUGAAGUUAUUGAAUAUCUGGCUCAGUCCCUUCAUGGUGAUCGUCUGGCUGCUGAGUAUCUCCUUCUUCAUAUGUUAUCGCGACAUGUGAAUGUAGAUGGAUCAACGAUUCGAGAUGGCGGAGUUAUUGUUGGGUAUUGGCCUUUGAAUAUUUCGGGAUUUUCAAAAAGUGAAGUUAACGAAAAAGGAAGUGAAGUGGAAAAUGUUAUUAGUAAGUUUGAUUGA